UGCACCUGUACGGUCUCAUUUAUGCCCACGUGCGUUUUGUUUGGCCUCUGCCGGCGUUAAAUUAAAACGAUAUUUUCAAAAAUUCUAAGGAUUCCCCAGAGCCUAAGAUAUCAACUACUGAGACACCAUGGUAUUCUUCACAUGCAACAUCUGUGGCGAGUCGGCAAAGAAGCCGGCGGUGGAGAAACACUACCAGACACGCUGUCGUGGCAAAGACAUAAAUGUGUCCUGCAUGGACUGCCUGAAGGACUUUUACGGACAGGAGUACGUAGCACACACUAAAUGCAUCUCGGAGGCCCAGAAGUAUGCCAGCCAAAGUCAGGGAUUUGCAACCAAGGAACCGCGGAACAAGAAUGCCCAAAAGCAAGAGAGCUGGAUGGACAUUAUACGAGCGAUUCUCGAUAACAGCGAAUACAAACUAUCUUCGGAUGUAAGAUCAGCUUUCGUGAAACUCCAAAGCGUCGACAAUGUUCCACGGAAGAAGGCCAAAUUCGAAAACUUUGUGGGCAAUUGCAUGAGGAUGCCUCACCGGCAGGCCAGUCAAGUAUGGGACAUCCUCGAGAAGGAGCUGAACAAAAUGAAAGAUGCAAAACAGGCGGAGCUGGCCAGGAUCAAGGCAGAAAAGGUGGCGGCACUGCAAAAGCAGCAGAAGGAGGAUGCCGAGGAGGAGGAGGCACCGCCCAAAAAGAAAUCAAAACUGGAGCCAACCGAGGAUGCGGCUACCGAGGAGUCCGCCAAUGGUGUCUCCAGCGACUUUGAUUGGCCUGCCCAGCUUACCAAGAUUGUCACCAAGCAACCCGAUGGUAUUUUCCUUGAAAAACUACGCAAGAAAUUGCUUAAGAAGUAUGCCAAGCAUCUCUCCGUCGAAGAUUUGAGCGAAAAGCAGGCCAAGAAGUUCCAAAAACGCUUCGAUAAGCAACUCAAGCUCGCCGACUCACUGCAGGUCGAUGGUGAUCUGGUCAAGGUCGCUAGCUAGUUAAGCAUUUAAGCUUUAGUCAUAAUUAAUUUAUAGCGAAGGACAAUAAAAGUGUAAGCUGCAA